AUGGGUAUCGAUAUAUUUGGACGUGUAUCUUCCCAAUCGAAUCAGACACAAUUUAAAGGCUGCAGUAGUGGUGUUGGACCACCUGGAAAAGGUUUCAAGUUAACAAAUGAUGGACAGUUCGACUUAGACCAAAAGAGGUUAUGUAAUGUUGCUGAACCUAAGAAUGAAAGUGAUGCAGUCACAUAUAAUGCUAUGAAAGCUGCAAUAAACCAUAUGGAUGAUAAAUACAAAACUCAUCCAGACCUCAUUGUUGAAUUGAAAACCAAAGUGAGUGCAUUAGAAGGGAGUCUUAGUGAUCUGAUUCUAUAUAGUCAACAGCAAUCGAAUCAGUAUCUAAACUUGAAAAACAUGGAAAAUAAGAAGAAAGUCAUAGCUCAAGAGCUUCACAAACCAGCACGAAAAAAUUAUACUCGUCGUCAUGUUGACAUUCGAGGACUUGAUGAAACUUGGCAAGCUGAUUUAGUGGAAAUGAUACCAUAUAGUUCUGUAAAUAGUGGAUUUAAAUAUCUACUAACAAUUAUAGACGUAUUCUCAAAGUAUGCUUGGGCUGUUCCUAUUAAAAGAAAAAGUGCUGGUGAUGUCAGAAAUGCUAUGAAGUCUGUAUUACAACAAAGGAGGUAUCCUCAAAAUCUACACGUUGACCAAGGCAAGGAGUUUUACAAUAAAGAAUUCAAAGAUCUCAUAAAAAGUCAUAAAAUUCAUAUGUACUCAACAUUUAGCAACCUAAAAGCAUCCAUAUGUGAACGUUUCAAUAGAACUCUAAAAAAUAAAAUGUGGCAAGAAUUCACAGCUCAAGGUAGUUACCGAUGGAUUGAUAUGCUCAGAAAUUUGGUUGAUACUUACAACAAUACCAAACAUCGAACGAUCAAAAUGAAGCCCAUUGAUGUAACAGUUGAAAAUGAAAAAGAACUAUUCAAGAAGAUUUACAAACCCCUUCAAAUCAAUCAACCGGUGAAUAAAAGGAAAAGCAAGUUUAAAGUUGGCGAUAAAGUGCGAAUAAACAAAUACAAGCACGUUUUCGAAAAAGGUUAUACACCAAACUGGACUACAGAAAUAUUCACAAUAAAAAGCGUGCAAAAUACUAAUCCAACAACGUACAAGCUUACUGAUUAUCAAAACCAAUCAAUCGAAGGUGGAUUUUACAAUGAAGAGCUUAGUAAAGUCAAAUACCCUGAUAUCUACCUUGUAGAAAAAAUAGUAAAAAGGCGUGGAAAUAAAUAUUUUGUAAAGUGGUUAGGAUUUGAUAGCUCACAUAAUAGCUGGGUAGACAAAUCAGAUUUAUGA